GAACUCGGCCUGAAGCCACGUGCCGCCCCAGCCGCCCACGGCCGCCUUGCGCCAUGGAUCCAUGGGAGGAAAGGAUGCUGGAGGUUGUUGCGAAAGAGGCGAAGGAGAAGAUCUUCAACGAGCUCAUGGGACGAGCCAAGAUGUCCUGCGACGAGGUGGAUUAUUUGGUGGCAUCAGCUUUGCGGCACUUGCCACUGGAGCUGCGGGUGCUGCCGGCAAGGCAAGCGUUGCAGUUGUUGGGAGCGCAGGAGGCGGCAAGCUCUUCCCAGGCCGAAGCUCCAGCGACCAGGCGACAAGUCUCUGGCCGGGUCUUGGAGAUGAUGAAGUGCUUUGAGGGAGGAGCCGAAGGGUCCCAAAGCUCGGUGCCUUGGGCUGCACCGAUGCAGAAAUCUCCGCGAGGAUCCACGGAGAGCAUAGCGACCGCAAGGCUGGGGGCAGCAGUGCCAGGAUUGCAGUACUGUUGGAAUCGUUCUCAUUUUGGCGCAAUUGAUACGGCGAUGUGCGGAAGGUGACUGCAGCCUUGCGAGCCGCUCGUAGACCCUCGACUUGAUGGCGUUUGUGCCAUCGCCCAGCUAAUGCUUCCAAUUCAAUGAAUUCAUGCAAGCGCCGCCCGCGAAAUGUCUGAUCCCCCAUCGCCUCCGCGCUGGAAA